AUGCUCCACGCAUGUGCAUCCGUGGGAGGAAGUGGGCAGAGCACCAGCAAGAAGGUGAUGAGCGCGUGUGUGGCCAUGAGCUCAGCAGCCGUCUUCUGCCUGAACUGCGCCUCCGGAGGGGCGACUCUCCUGAGCUCCUGUGCCGAUGCCCCCGGCCCGGCAGCCCUGCUGAGAGGUCCUUGCAGGCAGGAUGUGACGAGGGGCCCGCAGCUCGCGUUCUCUCUCGUCCUUUGUCUUGCCUCCUAG